AUGGCCUCGGCCCCCAGCAUUUACGCUGCAGAUCCUGCUUAUCCGAUCUUGGCUCACACUCUCCUCGCCACGCCAGAGUCAAAGGCGGUAGAUACAGAGAAGCCUGUCCCUGAAGCAGCCCAUAACCUUGACUGGAACCUCAAGGAGGACUGGGAUGCUGGCAUACAAGGUACCAAGGCCGGCAUCUUCCGAUGCGGGACUACCAUCGGCUUCUCUAGGCUGAGAGCCAGAAGCAAGGAUAAUGAAGAUUAUAUCGGGCAGAUUCCCCGGCAUCUGCUCACAUCACACCUGCUGGGGACUGCUCCAUCAUCAGAGCCGAGCGCGUUCAUUAUUCACCCAAGCAAUUUUGACGCCUUUGCUCCUAAAACCUUGCUUAAUGCACUGCAAUCUUCCUCUCGCCAGCCUGGCUUAUCAAGAGAUGAAGCAAUACAGCGUCUUGGCUCCGUGCAGUUGCUUCCAGUGCAGAACUUGCCCAGUGCAAUGCAAGCUAUUACUAAAGUAUCGGAACUACUCCAAGAGCUUCAAGAAAGGCGACAGGCACAACAGAAUACCGUGGAGACGCCUAAUCAGCCCGUCAUUCUCAUUGUGGCUGGCCUCGACACUCUUGCUGAGGGCGUCAUUCGAGCGUCGAAUCCGGUCAGAGGAGCAGCCUUGCUAGCGGCGACGCUGCGCGCUUUAACCCGGAUGUCCCGGGUAUACGCGUCGUGGCUCUCCAUUAUCCUCGUCAACAUCAGUGGACUUGGUCCCGCCCACUUUGAAAAUUACCAGCCGCCGGAGUCCACGCAAACCAAGAGACCUAGUGAUGAAGAUACAAGGCCAUCGGGGGACGAUGACAUUCACUCCAUCUUCCAGACACCCGGUCACUCGCUCCUAUCAACCCUCUUGAUGAAAACCUUGGAUCAGGGCAUCGACACACACAUCUUGCUCUCGGACGUGAAAGCAGCCCAAGUGGCGGAAGUCAUCAAAGACCGAGUGGGCACUGGGCUCGGAAAAUGGGGCAUAUGGUCCCCGAAACGUUAA